AAGUCUCUCAGCCUUGGUUUCGUACAUUUUAGCCAAGACAAACUCAAGCGCUUAGCCACUGCAGCUGCGUUUCCUAUUGCUCUCCACUAGGAAGCUGUGUCGGUCUCCUUUUAUCCCCCCUCGUAGUAACCAAACCAAACAUACAUCUAAUUUCUGCUUCGGGCUGUACAGUUGCUGGCGUUUCGGAUCUCCGACGAAACUUAAGGAAGCACUGUUUCCCCCUCGCAGAGGAUUCGCUUUCGCGCAAGAUCAACACGGGCAGACCCGGAGGAGUUGCAGAUUGGGAAAUGCGGUGGGUUCAAGCGAUCUCCUUCUGGCCGCGCUCCCGCUGAGGAAUCGGAGUACUGAGCUGUUCCUCGGGAGAUGGUGGGCUGGUCCGUAGGCACAAGCAGAAGUCUGGGACACAUCCUACACCUUGACUCUCUGCGAGAUUAACCGUUUAUCUGGGGAAACUCAUGAGUGUGGUGGAACUGUUUGUUUUUUUUAGUUAUCCAGCAAAGUUUGUCAUGUGUUUCUUGAGAGUAUGAUGACUGCAUGUAGAGACAGAUAAUGAUAGACAGGGAUUUAGACAGAAUACCCACUGAGCCGCUUUUCUAGCCCCCCCGCCCCCCCUUAAGAAGACUGUUUGGCGGAUUCACAUUGCAGGUGUGAUGGCAAUCUACACAGCACGAUAGCAAAUAAAAUAAAACCAUAAAAAAACUACUUUUAAGUAAUCAGAUCGGGGGGUGGGGGGGGAGUCACGUUUUCUCACGUGCCGUCCACGAUUCGGAAAUCGAACAUUUUUCCAAAGAGGCUCGUGAAGAUGACCAGCCUGUUCCGCCGGAGCAGCUCGAGAGGGGGCUCUGCGGGGAGCAACGACGGCGCCCCCGGCAACGGCUCCUCCGCCGCGCCGCAGGAUCUCAACAACAGCCGUCCCGCAGCCCGGCCAGUCCGCCGGCUGGAGUUCAACCAGGCCAUGGAGGACUUCAAGAUCAUGUUCCCCAGCGUGGACUCGGACGUGAUCGAGUGCGUGCUGAGGGCUAACAGCGGGGCCGUGGAGGCAACCAUCAACCAGCUGCUGCAGAUGAACAUGGACGGCUACGACGACAGUGACGACUCUGACGACAGCAUCCCGCCAGAGAUUCUGGAGCGCACGCUGGAGCCGGACAGCUCAGACGAGGAGCCUCCUCCCGUCUACUCCCCCCCUGCCUACGACAUGCACAUCUACGACAGGAAGUACCCCGAGGCCCCGCCCAUACCGCCUCCCAGGUACGGGCAGGAAGAGGCGGGGCAUGCCACGGCACUCAGUAGCUACAGUUACAUGUUUGACGCCCAGCCCCCAGCAGGUCCCAGGCCAGCCCGUCGCUACAGGGACUGGAACCCCCCCUUACUGGGCAGCCUGCCAGACGACUUCCUGAGGAUCCUGCCCCAGCAGAGGGGCAGUGUGCAGAACUCUCAGAGCAGCCAACCCCAGGUCCCGGGGGCGGGGUCUACAGUGACUGCAGCAGCGAGGGGCGGGGCUCAGGCAUCGCAGGGCGUGGCCACUGAGCAGGAGCGCAAGCUGAAACAGUACCUGGAUGACGAGAGGAUCGCGCUGUUCCUGCAGAACGAGGAGUUCAUGAGAGAGCUGCAGCGCAACAGGGAGUUCCUCCUUGCCUUGGAGAAAGAUCGGCUGAAGUACGAAUCAAAGAAAUCCAAGCCCAGCCAUACCUCGGCCAGCCUGGAGAAUUCUACAGCAGGUGAUCACAACGCCCCGGGGCCAGUUGAGACCUGCAGCACCGUGUCUGACGAUGCCAUGUUCAGAGACAAGCUCAAGCACAUGGGCAAAUCUACAAGGAAGAAACUGUUUGAAAUAGCGAGAACUUUCUCGGAGAAGACGAAGAUGAGAAAGCCCAAGAGGAAAGCAUUGCUGAAGCAUCAGGCCCUGGGGACAGCGGCCUCUACAACAAACCUGCUGGAUGACGUGGAAGGAAACUCCUGUGAUGAUGACGUGCAGGGCAGGAGAGUGCCGGCUCAUGAAGAGGAGGAGGAGGAGGAAGAGGGGCGCAGGGAGCCUCCGUCAUGAUCCCCAAGGCCAGGUCUCCUGGGUUUCUAUUGCUGUGUGGAGCCGACCUGACUGAUCUGGAGCCGGACACAUGAAGGCAGCUGGCUCACUUUCCUUCCUUUCUUCAGUGCUUUCCUGUUCUCUGCAGUUUUUUAACAAGGCACAGUUUAAUACCGGUUGGGGGGGGGACAGAAAACCAGUACCUCAUACUAAAGACUGCUUCAGUGUUUUAAUAGAGCCGUUUACAUCCCUUCUAAAUGUAUACAGAACUUGAGUUGACUUCUUUUGUAUUUAAUACCAUGAUGUUGUCAUCAUUCGUUCAAGUUUCUACAAUUUACUGUUUAAAAAAAUAAUGUUGUACAGGUAUUGCAUUUUACACAACAGAGUUCCUUGCUGUGUUUUGUACGCUAGUGGCAUUCUUAGAGCAGAAUGCCUAUUCUGUUUCAAAGUUCUAUCACAGGCAUUAAUUCUGGAACACAGUGUGCUUCACCUGGGGAAUAUUCUGAACACAGAAUUCCGAUUCCAGGUAGAAUCUCAGUGUUCCACUGAUUUUCUGAAUAUUGGUAUCCAGUAUCCAUAUCCUGAAAGCAGAGAGUGAUCAGCUAAUUAGCCACAUCUGGUAUGGGUGUGUUUUAAAACUGCAAGUGGAGCAUCAUGAUCUGAGUGUAGGGAGAGCCCUGAAUACCCUGUGCUGUUAACAGGAAUGGGGUCCCAGGUCCCUGUGCUCUGUACUGUAGCAAUACCUGUUCACUGACCAGGUCUGCUUCGACACCUAUAAUAUCAGCAUAACACCCACCUCUGCAUGCUGUUUUUAAAAAGAGAUGAACCUACCGAUAUGUCAGUAGUAUUAUUAUCAUCAUCAUUAUUAUUAUUAUUAUUAUUAUUAUUAUUAUUAUUAUUAUUAUUAUUAGAGCAGAAAUUAAUAAUGGACAUAAACUAGUGGCUGUAAAUUGCGUAGGAAAAAAAAUGGUAUUGUGUUGAUCUUGUCCAACAUGCUUCUAAAUGAGCAGAGAUUUAUUUUUCAUUCUUGUGGUCAUGCAUGCGGUGAUGUAUAUGGAAAUCUUACAGAGCGUGGUGUUUGAAUAGGAAUUGGGUGGGGAAGGGGAGUGAAGCGCAUUCUCCCACUGAAAGAGCUAAACCAUGUGUUCUCUAGGUCUUUCCUGUUCCAAUAACAGUGUCUGGUGCGCAUUUGUAAGCACGCAGUAUAGAGGGCUAAGGAAACUCUGCACAUUGUAUCAAUGUCGUGAACAUGAUCAGGUGUCGGUUUGGUUUUUGUGUGACAUACAGUAGAUUUAAAAAGGUGACUGCUAGUACUAAUUACAAUGUAUUGGUGUGAAUAAUUGUCAAGGAGCAGAAAUAGCUCUAACAAUGUUUGGUAUUGCUAUACUCCGUUCAGUUGGUCAGAACCAUGAAUUCACUGUUUUUAUAUUUUUACUGUUUCCCCGAUUUUCAGGAUGCCACAGCGGUGUUUUAAUGCUAACCUGAAUCUUUAAUUAAAAAGCAUCUACAGUGAAAAGGAUAUCCGAAUGUUUUGCAUGUUCGUUAUUCAUAUGGAAGCAUGGUCCUACACAUUUUUGUUUGUUUGUUUCAACAUUGUGUAAAUGAGCCUCCACAUCCAUGUGCAGAUAGUACCAGAUCUCUCAGGGAUUUUCAACACAAAUUCCCCUUUGUCUUGCUGCUUUUCAUUACUUAACCAGGCCUGGGAAGUACUCCAGACCGGAGUUUCGAUCAAUGAAGCUCAAUCUAAAUCAAAUACAAUUUUGAGGGGGAGGAUUUGAUUGUAGAUUAUUGCUGGCCUAGGUUUGUUUUUUAAAAUGAAGUGAUCAGUCAUCAUAAGCAUCAUAAUUAACUACGUACUAUGUAGGUACGUUUAAUAGAGUGAAAUAGUAAGGAGUGAUUGUGGUUACCAUGGCAUCGAAAGCCUAGAAGUACCUCCCCCUGUUUGUUUUCAAACGCACGUUCCCCAAGGUAUGUUAAACAUACCCAAACGUUGACCCAUUUGGUUUCCAUUUUUCAUAGCCUUUUUAAUUUUCUGUUUGAAAGUAUCAAUUGAAGCUCUUCCUAGCUGUGUGUGACACUGUCAUGAUGAAGACAUGUCCCUGCAGGUCCUCCGGCAGACGGAAGCCUUUUGUGUCCUCCUUCCCCUUUUGAUAUUCAGCUUCACGUAUGUAGAGGUUCUAAUAAUAUGUUUCAAUAAUUCUGUAGGUUAUUGCACUUGGAUGAGGUGUAAAGUCCUGGGCUGUGACAUACAGAAACUCAUUUUUUGGUGGUUAAUUUGCUGUGUUAUUCAGGUUGAUAUUUCUGUUUGUUUUGAUUAUUUUUUUUAAUCUACAGUUUUCUUCCAGUUGUACAUACUGUACUGUAACAUCACUUAUCCAUAACCUGUGAUCCAUACAGUACAUGGAUCACGUGUGCACUGAAGUUAUUAUCGCUUCCUAAACCACGGCGAACCCUCUUUAUACAACGCGUGAAAAACAAACGCAAGGAUUAUACUGCAAACGGGCAAAGGAGAUGUCUUUUACAAGAAUGUUCAUUAUGACAUAACAAUGCUAAUCAUGUCCUCGCAUUACAUGUUUCAUUUUAAUGUCUUAUUUCAUUCCACUACCGGUGAUUUAACAUGAUUUUUUUUCAUAUUAAAUGUUUUGUCAAACCUGCCGUGUGUGUGUGUGUGUGUGUGUGUGUGUGUGCAUAGAAAUAUGUGUAAUAUAGUUCCAUAUAAAAACAAUUGCUUAAGUAGAGUAUUGGUAUUUUUUUUAAGUUUCAGAGAAGCACCCCUAUAUUAACAAUGCCUCCCCUUUUCCAUAAAGAGAGGCUCAGUAUGUAGAAGCACAAACAGAAGGAAGUCUGUCCCGAGCGUGGAUGUAGAUGAUGCUGCUGCCGCAUGCCUGCUCGCAUGGACCUGCUAAUGAUCCGGGGGUAACUGGGUGAACAAAGGGGAUGCAGGACAGCGCCCCUGAGGCGUGACUCUGAUUCCUGUGUGUUUGUUCUGGUUCGGCUGUCAUUGUAACUCCAGUCGACAGCUUCAGGCUCUUUUUACAACUCGUUUGAGAUAAGCUUUUGUUUUAUACGUCCAGCAGAGAUCAAAUACCUUCUGUGUUUUUAAUAGAGCUCAAAUAUUUCUCUAGUCUAGAUCUCUGGUUUGGGUUCAGUCUCAUCUAGUACAUACAUGCUACACUUCCUGUGGUGGGGCAGAAAGUUUUACCCAAUAGGUGCCUGUGGAUGAUAAAGGCUAGAUUAUAAAGCUUGUAGUGCUGGCAAGUUCUCUGUGAUUAGAAAUUCACAAUGCUGGUGUUUUGUGCUUACUGAAUGUAGGGGGUUAGGCCAGUAGAACCGUUACUUUCUCACAGCAAGAAAGCUUAUUCCUGGCGUAUCGAUGCGAGAGCAGUGUUCUGAGUGGUGCAUAAUUCAGAUAUACGGGUGAAUGCAUACUGUAUGUAUUGGUUAUAUAUAUGUAAGACAUUUCAAAGGUAAACUUUAACUUGCCCUGUGUAUCUAGUUGAGUUCUGGAAGUCCUUGUAUAAAAAAGGGACAACGGGUUCUCCCUUUUUUUUAUGACAAUACUGAAAUUGAAAUAUGUGUAAACUAAAUGUUUUUAAAAGAAAUAUAUACUGAGCAUCAAAAGAUACUUAUCACUAUUGUAACACAUUUAAGGUAUAUAAAUGAUGAACAUUGAUGAAAUGUUUUUGGUUUCUUUUUAAUCGCUCGAUCAUUGGACACUGGGUAUGGAGUGAUUUCAGCUGCUGAAUUGAAAGCUUGAAUACAAGCAAUAAAGAAAAUCACAGGAAAAAAAAAAAAA